GAGUGUUUAGGAACUGCAAUAGUUUUAUUUUUACAACCUUUUCCCGGAAGUCACGUGCCACAGCGUGUAGCUUGAUGGUGACAGAAGUUUUCCACAGACCUGGCAGUUUUAAAUGACAGAAGUUUGCAGCUGAGCUGGCAGUUCGGCAGAAAAGAUGCUCCGCUCAGCGCUCGCCGUUUUUGUAACACUAUUCAGUCUCUCUGAAAGCAAACAAAAGGACUUUUACACCUUCAAAGUUGUGAACAGCAGAGGGAAGCUCGUGUCUCUAGAAAAAUACCGGGGUUCGGUGUCGCUGGUGGUGAACGUAGCCAGUGAAUGUGGCUUCACCGAAGAACAUUACAAAGACCUGCAGCAGCUCCAGCGGGACUUUGGCUCAAGUCACUUCAAUGUUCUGGGUUUCCCCUGCAACCAGUUCGGGCAGCAGGAGCCGGGCAGCGACAAGGAAAUCGACAGCUUUGUGCGCAGAGUCUAUGGAGUCUCCUUCCCGCUGUUCAGCAAAAUCGCUGUAGUUGGAACAGGAGCCCAUAAUGUCUACAAGUAUCUUGCUGACUCGUCCGGAAAAGAGCCCGACUGGAACUUCUGGAAGUAUCUCAUUGACGUGAACGGCAAAGUGGUGGAUGCGUGGGGACCCAAGGUUUCCGUCAAAGAAAUCCGGCCCAAAAUAGCUGAAAUGGUUCGGCAGAUAAUCCUAAAGAAGAAAGAGGAGCUUUAAGUUGCUUCCAGAUCCUUUGCAGCAAAGAGAACCAAAGGAACAAACGACACAUUUGUAGAAAUCUUGUUGAGGUCUUGAAUUUAUCUGACAAGCGUUAAUCCCAUCUUCAUGCACUAAUGAAACGUCACUGUGUCCGUAUGUUUGUCACGUUUGAAUCAAGAACUCUUGAGUUUUUUUAUAUACUAAGUACAAAUGCUUUGAUUUGAUUUUUUUGUUUGUUAUUGAAUAAACUUUUACUGUGAUGACUUG